UCAAAUACAAUUAGGGCAAAGCGGGUGUAAGUUGUAACGCGCUUAGCCGAACUGUAAGAUUCGGUGUUCAUAGAGAAGCAGCCAAGAGUGAUAGAACUGUGACAAUGGCGGAGGAGCAGUUUGAUUUCAGGAUUUACAAUUCUAUGACUCAACAGAAAGAGAUCUUCAAGCCCAAAGUCCCCGGCAAUGUUUCCAUGUAUGUCUGUGGAGUCACCGCCUAUGACUACAGCCAUCUAGGUCAUGCUCGUGCCGCCGUUUCGUUUGACAUCCUUUUCAGGUACCUUAAACACUUGGGAUAUGAGGUGACAUAUGUGCGGAAUUUUACUGAUGUUGAUGACAAGGAAGUCCUUAUCAAAUUACAAGCAAAGAACACGAGAGGAUUCUUCUUCCAAGGGUUUCCCUGUUCUACAACAAAGUUAAUGCUCAAUUUCCAAGGCUCUCUAAAAGAGGGGGAAAAUUCCAGUGUACAAGGCUCUCAACUUGGUCAUUAUGAGGAACGUUGCUACACAAAGUACCCUCACCUGCGACCUUCUUAUGCUGCUAAUGUAGCUCAAUCGGAUUCUGCUUCAAAUGGUACACUCUCUCUCUCCUCUGAAGACUAUGCAGCAUUCUAG